CCGCCGAACUCGUCGCUCAUCCCCAGGCAAAAGGGGCGGCUCUGGAGGGAGUCGCCUACCAGGCAACCGAGCGGAGGAGCUUGUUGUGUCAGCGCCCGUCAGCCUGCCAGUCAGCGAGAGAGGGAGGAAGCGGGACCGCAGCUUCUCCGGUUGGCCUCCCUCGGUGCUGAAGAAGAGGCCGCUGCCAAGCGAAGGGAGCCGCCACACACGCAGCCGUCCGCCUCGCCCCUUCUCCGCGGCUCCUGCUGCUGCUUUGUCGGCUUCGCAGCCAUGGCCGAGGCGCCUCAGCCGGUGGAGACCGACCCAGACUUCCAGCCGCUCCCCCGCCCCCGCUCCUGCACUUGGCCGCUGCCGCGUCCGGAGCUCGCCCCGUCCAGCCCGGGACAGACGCCGACUCCGGCCAGGGCCGCAUCCCCUUCUCGCUGCGGGCGCGUCGGGGCCCUCUGCGCCUCCUCGCCCGGCGGCGACCUGCUCAGCUUGCUGGAGGCUGGCGGAGGCGAGGGCUUUGAGGCGGGCGCGGGCGGUUCCGCCGCAGGAACGGGAGAGCUCGGGGCUCCGGGCGGCUGCCUCUGCGGCGACUUCCCGUGCCUCCAACACCCCCAGCAACAACAAGCGGGGCCCGCCUUGGCUUCCGUGGCGGGGCCCCGCAAAAGCAGCUCGUCCCGCCGCAACGCCUGGGGCAACUUGUCCUACGCGGACCUCAUCACCAAGGCCAUCGAGAGCGCCCCCGAGAAGCGGCUCACCCUCUCCCAGAUCUACGAGUGGAUGGUCAAGAGCGUGCCCUACUUCAAGGACAAGGGGGACAGCAACAGCUCCGCCGGGUGGAAGAAUUCAAUCCGUCACAACCUCUCACUGCAUAGCAAGUUUAUUAGAGUACAGAACGAAGGAACAGGAAAAAGCUCUUGGUGGAUGCUUAACCCAGAGGGAGGCAAAAGUGGCAAGUCUCCCAGGAGAAGGGCUGCAUCCAUGGACAACAGCAGCAAGUUUGCAAAAAGCAGAGGUAGAGCUGCAAAGAAAAAAGCAGCUCUUCAAGCAGGUCAAGAUGGAAAUGGGGACAGUCCAAGUGCACAGUUCUCAAAAUGGCCUGCAAGCCCCAGCUCUCACAGUAACGAUGACUUUGAUAGUAAUUGGAGUACGUUUAGACCUAGAACCAGCUCUAAUGCUAGUACAAUUAGUGGGAGGCUUUCUCCAAUCCUGCCAGAACAAGAUGACCUUGGAGAAGGGGAAGUACACUCCAUGGUCUACCCUCCGUCAACAACCAAAAUGGCUUCAACUCUCCCGAGCCUUUCUGAGAUGAGCAGUUCAGAAAACAUGGAGAACCUCUUGGACAACCUCAACCUUUUAUCUCCUAACACAUCCUUGACUGGAUCAACCCAAUCUACACCCACUACCAUGAUGCAGCAAUCUCCUGGUUAUUCAUAUGCUUCAUCCAAUGCAAGUAUAGGCUCACCAAAUGCAGACUACAGGAAAUACAGUUAUACUCAGACGAGCAUGAACUCCUUGUCGCAGAUGCAAGCUCUUCAAGACAGUAAAUCAAGCUAUGGAAACAUCAGCCAAUAUAACUGCCCUGUAGGACUUCUGAAAGAGUUGCUUACUUCUGAUUCACCUCCGCACAAUGAGAUCUUGGCAUCUGUAGAUACUCAUGUUUCCCAGCCAAGUGGCCGAGUCCUGGGACAGAAUGUAUUAAUGGCCACUAACUCUGCCAUAUCACCGUAUGGCAACCAACAGUCCCAUAACAAAAUAAUUGCCCCCAGUGCCCAUCCACAACAAGGACAUGUCCAACCAACAUCAGUAGUUAACAGCCAUACCUUGUCUCUCACACUUAGCACUGUGUCUCAUGCGUCAAGCUUAAAUCGUUCAUCCACAGCUAAAACCUCAGUACAAGUGCCUAUGAGCCACCCAAUGCAGAUGAACAGCAUAAACCCUUACACCACUGUAAACAGCUGUAAUGGUUAUGGAAGAGUGGGAAUUGUCUCUUUCCAUCAGGAGAAGCUUCCUAGCGAUUUAGAUGAUAUGUUGAUUGAACGAUUAGAUUGUGAUAUGGAGUCAAUAAUUCGUAAUGACCUCAUGGAUGGGGAAACAUUAGAUUUUAACUUUGACAGUGUGUUGCCUAAUCAAAGCUUGUCACAUGGUGUUAAGACAACAACACACAGCUGGGUUUCGGGAUAAGUCUGGAAGGCUACAUUUUAAAGUACUUCAGAUAUCUCUGACUGCAGGAAGUGAGCAAGGAAGUCCAGAGAUGUCCUUAACCUCUUUGCUUUUGCUUUUUGUAUUUUUUUUUCUCUUGUCGGACUUGGCAGCAGAUAAAUUUUUUCCUGUACAGGAUGUUUGCAGAUAAUUGCAGGUUAUUUGCUGCUAUCUGUAAGAAAUGUGCCAUGGAAAUGUCUUUAUUUGGAAGUGCCAAACUCACUACAAAGUUGUAGAAACGAAGAAAAUAUUUGUGCAUUGUAUUGUGCAUUGAUUGUGUAAAACUGUUUCUUUAGGAAUAUAUUAGACCCAAGAAGAGGUUAACACUGUUAAUACUAUGAUAGUUUUAACCUUCAUUCACUCGCAAUCCCAUGUAUCUUUUGAUCUGAUGAACUCACGAGAACUGUGGAACAGCUGGAUUAACUGCCUUAAGUGUAUUAAAAUUGUACAUUUUGUAUGAACACAUAAUUGAAUAUGAUCUAACCAAAGUUGUCAGCGAUUUGGGACUUCCAAAUCAGAGAGCAGAGUGAAAGCUUUACUUUGUUGCCUAUGUGUUUGAUUAUAUACAUUUAUUGAGGAGCUGACUUCCUGAUCGAUUUCAAUUUUAUUGAUAAACUUGAAUUUUUGUAAUAGGUUUAUAGGUAUUUUUCUGACAUCUCUACUUUACAUUAGCUCCUUUACAUUUGCAGAAUCCAAGAUUCCUAAAAACAUUUGUAACAUUUUGUAUACAGUAUUUUAACUAGAUUGUGUGUGGGGGGGAGAGAAUUUAUAUUAGCGCUCUGUAUAAGAUUUUCGAAGAGAAAACUUUUAUAUGUAAUUUUUGAUGGUAGGGUUUUCCUGGCACAAAGGUGAACUAUCGGUGUAGGCAUACAGAUAACUUCUAUUGCUAUAUUAACACUGACUACCCCAAAGUGUUAAGUAUUGUUAAAUGGUUUGUAUGUCCAUAUCUUCAUAUUUGUAUUUAUUUUACUGAAGUUUUAUAAAGUUUGUAACCCCAGGAGCAAGAACCUCUCAGUUUAAUACCAUUCUAGUUAGUAAUCCGUUGUAGUUUCAGUUGUUCAUACCUGUAGGGCCUGUCAUUUCUUUUUCCAUUGCCUCCUGUUUUUAUUUAAAGAUACUCAAAGAACUAGAAGCCGCUUUAUAUAACAUUAGUAUAAGACUAUAUCUUGAAGAAAUGAACCUCAGUGAGUAGCUUUGCAAUCUAAUUAUAGAAAUAACAAUUAUUUUAGGUAGUGUUUACUGAUCUGUUCCUUCAAACCCUAGUGAUUUACUCUUAUUGAAGAGGUUUAUAAGGGCAAGCUUACAAUAUAGGUAAGGUGAAUAACUAUAUGUAAUAUAAAAAUUGUGAACUAUCAUUCUGGUGGCUCCUGGCAUACUAACUUCACUUGGCGUCAACCCUUUUUACUUUCACUUCCCGCCCCACCUCCAAACUCCAGGCAUAGAAAAUACUGGUUAACUGUAAGAAUAGUCUGACAAUGGAAUGAUUACAGCAGGGAUGGGGACCUGGUAGCCCUCCAGAUAUUGUUGGAUUCCCAAUGUCCAUCAGCCUCCGUCAGCAUGGCUGGUGGUUAGGGGUGAUGGGAGUUGGAGUCCUGUAACAUUUAGCAGGCCACAGGUUCCCUAUUUACAGAUCAGAGAGGAAUUGUGGAAUGCUAAGAUGUUUUGAGAGCGGGGGAUGAUGGGCAUCUGUCAUAAACCAUUCAUGAGCAGGUUAGGGUACAGUCCCAGAGGUACCUUCCAACAUAUUUACUCUUUCCUAGGUGGCAAGAACCUGCUUUCGACCAGGCAGCGCAUGCUUUCUUGCCAUCAGCUUCUCUCUUCCAAGUUGCUCCUAUGACUUAGUGUCCCUUUGAAACAUUUAAUAUAUUAUGUGUCCCAACUGGGGAAAGGUGGGAGGCUACAUAAAAGAGGUGUGGCUAUUACAGGCAACAAAGUGUAGUCUAAAGUCCCUGUGCUCAAAGUUUCAUACAAUUCAUACAUUGCACCCCAGUGCCCAGCUCAGUUUUACCUACAAUUAAGUAUAUCACUGAUAGCUGAAAGAGCCCACUAAACAUAUUGCGCACGCAAACAUAAGAACCCUGCUGUAUCAGGCCAAAGGCCAGCAUCUGACCAACCAGAUGCCUAUGUAAGCUUCCUACUUGUAAUUCCCAAUGCUAGGAAACUGAACAUUUAAUAAAAGGGUGGUAUAAUGAAACAAAAAUCAUGUAACAGCUGAUAAAACAUGCUUUUGCAUAUAUCUUAAUGUCUGUAGUCCUUUAGUUUUUAAAAAAUGUAAAUGAUGGCUUUAUGAAAUGUGCAGGGUUUUUUUUUACCAAGCAGCCUUGUUUUUGGCUUUCCCUCCUCUUGUUAGUCUGUGAGAAGUGUAUUCUACCAUAGAUUCUUUAAUGUAUUGUUUCUACUGUAUGUUGUAUUAAUAUUUGCAUUACUGAGAACUCUGCUUCGAUAAACUGACAAGUUGCAUACAAUGGUAAUCAAAUGUUGUAUUCUUGAAUGCUGACAAUUCAACAGAAUAUCCCUACAGAAGCGGAGAAAAGAUUAUUAAAGCGGACCAGUUCUUUAACAGUCUUAAAGCACAAUUCUAUACAUAUUUGCUUGGAAUUAACCCUCGCUGUAUUCAGUGGGGUUUACUUCCUAGUAAGUGGGUGUUAGGAUUGUAACCUUAAGUUUGCACUUGAUCAAUAACUGGAUUUGUGUUGCUGUUUUUUAAAAAAUAUUUUAAGUUCACAUUAUGAAGUUUUCAGGCUUGUUUAAUUUAUAACCAAUUUUUAAGUAACGUGAUUUUUUUGUAUUUUAUGAUUACUAAAAGUAAUACUCUGGUUUAUGCAAAAAAAUGUAACUGCAUUACAACUAUUUUAUGGAGGGGUAUCUCCCUCUUUUCACACACACCCCACCUUCUGCCUAAGCAGCAGUACUGACAUGAAAAUACAUCACACAUCAUUUGUGUGAGUUGUGAAAACAUGGAGGUAUUACUGCUGUACAUUGCAGAAUUUCAUUUGGAUAUUUGUAGAAAAGUGCCUGUUUGGAAAAACAAAAUAAUCCUUUGUAUAAAGCCAUAAAUGUAUAUAGAUAUUGCUUUAAUGGUGUUGUCUUUUGUAUGAUGACUUGUAUGCUGAUAAAGGAUUCUGUUUAUUUGUU